AUGUUUAAUAACUCUAAAACAUUUAAAAAUAUGGCUGAUGUAGAGUUUAUUUCUAGAACUCAAAAUAGGCUAUUAGUUGUUUAUGAUAAUGAUGUCUACGAUUUAUCUCAAUUUCAGAACAAGCAUCCAGGUGGAGCAACUGUGAUAAAGGAAUGGAAAGGAAAAUCAGUCGACAAUGUCAUAUUCAACGAAGCAUACUUUCGUCACUCUAGAGGUAUUCUCUCAAAACUCAAUUAUUACAAGAUUGGCACUAUUGAAAAGGCUACAGUACCUGACCCAAAAGCAUAAAAGUAGACUAAUUAAGCUGCUCCUCAAAAAAGCUAAAAUUAGUAACAAUAAUAGUAGCAAAUUUAAAGCAAAAAAUAGAAUUAAAAUGUGACAGAUCAGUAAGCAUAGCAGAUAGCAGCAUAGAAAAAAGAAUAAUUGAUACACGAGUAGAAUGAAAAAUAAAGAUAAGCAUUAUUGGAAUAAAAAAAACUUGAAGAAUAAAAAAAAAUAUAAUUACAAAAAUAGCUUGAGCAGCAGCACUUACAGCAAUAGCAAUAACAAGCUUAGCAGUUAGAGAAAAUUAAAGCUCAACAAAAUUAAUAAAGAUAAUCUGUAUAAAAUAGUAAUAAUGUUUAGUAAAAUGUGAAGUAAUCAAAUAAUUCAUAGCAACAUAUUACUUCUGAAAAGAAAUUAAAUAUUUCUCCUUAAACAAAGCAAGCUUAGUAAGAAUAUUAAGCUAAUAAAAAUAAUGAAUAACUUUCUAAAUAGAUUUCUAUAGUAUUAAUAGAUGAUAAAGGAAGUGAUCAUACUAAUCAUUAAUAAAACAAUAUUUCUAGCUAAAAAAAUAUGAAUCUAUACCCAGACAAUCCCUUAUAAAGUAAAGACUCAAUUAUUUAAGAAAAGCAAACACCUACUAAUUCAAAAUAAUUUGGAAAAAAUGGAAGAGCCUCACUUUCCAGCGAGAAAUCAAUAGGCAGGAUCAAAGAUUUUUUGAUGCAUGCUGAAUCUAAUGCUGUACCCUCUACUAUACCUCUUGUAAAUCCAAGUUAGUUUUCUCAGCGUACAAUUUAAUUAGAAGAAGCAAAAAAGUAAGAAGAAACUAAGAGUGAUCCAUUUGAUGAUAAUUUCGAUCUUGAAGAUUUGUACAACGAUGAAUAAUUAAAAUAAACCAUAAUCCCUCAAUCUAUAAAAUUUACUAUAUUUAAGCUUUUAAAAGCAAUUGUUUCUUGA